AUGUCUGUUGUGCAGCGAUGUGUUUUUAAUCAUUUUAAUAAAUAUCGAACCAUUACUACCUCUAAAAAGAACAGCGAGUCAGCUUCUGCCACUUGUGAUACAUCUACUGAAGACAAAAAUUGGGUUAGCUAUGGAUUCGAUUAUAACAGCAAAGAAGAAGAUACAAACGUACACAAUGCAACCUUUUUCUUUGCCGUGACUUUAUGUCUAGUAUUCGGUGGUUUCUGUUGGGCAUACAGCCCCGAUGUUCAUAUGAGAGAUUGGGCUCAACGUGAAGCAUAUUUAGAGUUGCGCCGUCGAGAACAGGCUGGACUACCACCGAUAAGCCCUAACUAUGUGGAUCCUGCAACAAUUAAAUUGCCUUCUGAUGAUGAACUAUGUGAUGUUGAGAUCAUUAUUUAA